UUGUUACUCUCAUAGAAGAAGACAUUCAAAAAUGGAGGCGACGACAACUGACUACUGUUUAUUUUUGUUUCUGUUUACCUCGUAACUCCUAAAAUUGUGUUGUGAAUGCGUUUUUGGUUAUAUACGUCCUUGAGAUAGGCGAGUAACUAAAUUAAUACUCUCAUAUGCUAUAAGAUGUAUGUGGUAUCUGUUUAUCCAUUAAUAGUCAUCGAACUAAACACCACAGAAAAAAUGGUCAGUUGUAGAUCUUUCUGAAAUCCCACUGCUACCAGAUGUGAUCCUCGUUAGACAUGACACUCGCUUACUGUGCGUAAAUUCUAGUUUGUCAGCAUCCGUAGUGGUUAGUUUGUCAAAGAAGAUUACUCGUUAAAGGUGGAACAGGUUGAUAAAGCAGACAGAUGGACCGUCAGGAUGCUGGGAGCAGUGGUUUUGGAGAAGGUCUUCUCUCCAGGAUGGCUCUCAAUGACAACAAGGCUGGUAUGGAAGGGCUGGACAGAGACAAGAUCAACAAGAUCAUUCUGGAGGCCUCCAAGGGAUCUAAAUUUUAUGAGAAUGAACUAAAAAAGGAGCGACAGGUGAAUCAACGUAUUAAAAGGAUGAUGGAGCAAAAAGCAAAAAUCACUAAAGAACAGAUGAAGCAAGCUCAAGCAGAGGUGGACAAGCUGGCAUCUCACCUGGAGAGGGGUCGAGACCUGGGCAGUGUGAUAGUUCAUGUAGACAUGGAUGCGUUCUAUGCUGCUGUGGAAAUGAGAGACUGCCCAGAGCUGAAGGACAAACCUAUGGCAGUGGGAUCCAUGAGUAUGCUGUCAACCUCUAAUUACCACGCUAGGAGAUUUGGUGUCCGUGCUGCCAUGCCUGGCUUUAUUGCUAAAAAGCUCUGCCCAAACCUUGUCAUCGUGCCCACCAACUUUGACAAAUACAGAGCUGUGAGUGCUCAGGUACGGGAGAUAUUUUCAGUCUACGAUCCUCAUUUUAUGCCUAUUAGUCUUGAUGAGGCUUAUCUGGACAUCACUGAGCACCUAAAUCAGCGGAAGCUCUGGCCUGAGUCCAUGAGAACACAUUGCAUAUGUGAUGCUAAGAAAGAGAAUGAUGCAGACAGGUCUGCGGUUGAGUCAGAGAGAGAUGGACUGUCCCCUGUGCUGUUUGAGGACAGUCCCAGCUCCUCCCCCUCUCUGUCUGGGACUGAUGGGAAAGCAGAAGUGUUUGGAACGAGUGCCGAGGAGGCUGUGAGGGAGAUGCGCUUUCGUAUUGAGCAGAAAACAACUUUAACGGCCAGUGCAGGCAUUGCCCCAAACAUGAUGUUAGCAAAAGUAUGCAGUGAUAAGAACAAGCCCAAUGGCCAGUACAGAAUUCCUCCUGAGAGACAAGUUGUGAUGGAUUUUAUAAAAGAUCUUCCUGUCAGAAAGGUAUCUGGUGUUGGAAAGGUAACUGAGAAGAUGCUGGCUGCUUUAGGUAUCGUCAGCUGCUCUCAACUUGGCCAGCAGAUGGCGCUAUUAUCCCUGCUUUUUUCAGAAACUUCUUGGCAUCAUUUUCUUCACAUAUCUCUGGGUUUGGGCUCCACAUACAUUGAGAGGGACUCGGAAAGGAAAAGCAUGAGCACUGAGAGGACGUUUUGUCAGAUGAGUGAUGCAGAGGAGCAGUAUUCUUUAUGCAGGGAACUCUGUCAUGAUCUAGCGCAGGACUUACAGAAGGAGGGCCUCAAGGGCAAAACUGUUACUUUGAAGUUGAAGAAUGUAAACUUUGAGGUGAAGACCAGAGCGUUUACUUUGCAGUAUGCUGUCUGCUCUGAGGAGGAGAUAUUUGCUGCUGCAAAGGACCUUCUCAAAGUUGAGAUUGACUGUGUCAGCCCUCAGCCACUAAAGCUGAGACUCAUGGGCGUUCGAGUGUCCAGCUUUAUUAGCGUUGAAGAUAAAAAGCCUCUUCAGAAGAGCAUAAUGAGUUUCUUGCAGAAAGGUGGAUCUGAUCCAAGCAUCUCCACGCAGUGUCCUAGAUUUGUGCUCAAAGCAGAAGUAGACAAUGAUGCCAAAUCUGGUGGUGGUUUUCCAAAGCCACAGUCUACUGAGAUAAAUGUACCUUCUGUGUCUGAGCAAAUACCCAAAUCCAAAGGACCUCAGCAGCAAUCUUUCUUUCAAAGAGCAGAGUCCAAAAGACUUCAACAGCAGCAGAAACAAAUGUUUGAAAAUGCCAUCACCUCUGGUACAGACACAACAAACAAUACUGCUGACACAUCUGCUACUACACAGACAAAUCUAUCAAUAACAUACACGCAAUCAGACACAACAUCAACAACUCAAACAGGUUUGUCAAAUACAAACUCGGGGAAAGACGCAACAGGACAUAUAAACAAGCAUGCAACAUCAAAGCCAUCUUUUAAUAUCACAACACAGGUGCUUCAGUGUCUCACCUGUCCUGUGUGCAACAAGGAGAUGAAGGCUGUAAACCUCAUAGCUUUCAACAAGCACAUUGAUGAGUGCCUCAAGGGCAGUGCAAUGGAAAAUCAAGCCACAGAUAUGGAUACAGUUCUGAAUAAAUGCAGUGAAGCAUGUGAGCAGGGCAAACAGGAAGAGCUCAACUGCGAAAUGCCUGUAUCAAGUUCAAAGAGCCAAGACAUAUCCCCUAAUGAUAAUGGAGAGAAGCCGUCCACUAGCAUCGCGGUGCCAGUGGAGGAAAAUGAUGAAAGCUCUGAUUUCAAGAUGCCGUUUUUUAGCCGCAGGACAAAUUUUAAAGAAAAGUGCUCAGUUGUUCCUAAUAAGGGGAUGCCUCUAUGUGAACCUAGCUCUAAAGCCUCCCAAGUAACACAUGAUCCUGAGGCUGUCAGAGUGUUGUCAUCUGACUUGAAAGGCCCUUCAUUGAUGUGUCCUGUGUGCAGUCAACCGCAGAGCACCGAUGACCUCACUCUCUUCAACCGGCAUGUAGAUAUGUGUCUCAACCAGGAAGUGCUGCUGGAUUUUACAGGAUUUCAACCUUUAGAUGCACCAGCCACCAUGAGCGUAAGAGGCCAAUUUGAGGACCAGGGAAGAGUUUCUAAAGUGAGAGAAAAAAGCAAAAGACAAGGAUUAUCUCCCCUUCCUCCAUCUAAGAAGACAAAGGUGUUGAGCACAAAACACACAAUCGACAAGUUUUUCAAAGGCAACACCAGACAGAAUUACUAAUUCUGUUUGUCCCCUAAACUGUUACAAACUACAGACAGAGAAUAUCAUUAUAUCAAGAAAGUUCACAUGCUUAAAUUUAUGAAGAAGAGACAAUAAUGAUGUUGACUGAACAUGCAAACCAAAGUCUAAAAAUAUAAAGAGGUAAAGAAAAUAAUAAAUAGUAUGACUCAUUAAUAAGAGUUGGUGUUGGGCUAGUGCUAUACUCUGGCACAAUCACAAACAAGAACUUAUUGGGUAGUACAUUUUGUGUUUAUAGAAAUACUCCGAUCAGCCACAACAUUAAAACCACCUGCCUAAUAUUGUGUAGGUCCCCUUCAUACCACCAAAACAGCGCCAACCUGUAUCUCAGAAUAACAUUCUGAGAUGAUAUUCUUCUCACCACAAUUGUACAGUGCAGUUAUCUGAGUUACCGUAGACUUUGACAGUUUGAACCAGUCUGGCCAUUCUCUGUUGACGUCUCUCAUCAACAAGUCGUUUCCAUCUGCAGAAUUGCCGCUAACUGGAUGUUUUUUGUUUUGGCACCAUUCGGAGUAAAUUCU